CGACACGCUGCGCACAGCCUGCCGGUGAGAGAAGAGAGAGAGAUAGAGAGAUAGAGAGAGAGAGAGCUGGUAUUAGUGUUGACAGAGAGCAGCAGAGCGCACAUACAGUGUAGACGAGCGGAUACGACAAGAUGCUGAGCGUCGCCUUGCUGUGCUUGUGCUCGGUCGCCUUCGGACGCGUCUCGGCUCGCUCCGACAGCGGCAAUUUUUUGGACGAUAAGUGGCUCACAGGAAGAUGGGAUAAAUUCAGAGAUGAGCCUGGAACCUGGAAUCCAUCCAAGCCAUUCGAUCAAGGCCUUGAUCCCGCCAAAGACCCCUGUUUGAAGAUCAAAUGUGGCCGCCACAAGGUGUGUGUGGCCGAGGACUACAAAACAGCCACUUGUGUCAGCCAGAGGAGGGUUAGCUUUAAAGACGCCAGUUUGUACCAGAGUCCGGGGUCAAAGUGCAAACCCUGCCCUGUGGUCCACCCUUCCCCUGUUUGUGGAACUGAUGGACACACCUAUUCUACCAAGUGCAAGUUAGAAUACCAGGCAUGCAUCAGUGGGAAGAAGAUUGCUGUCAAGUGUGUGAACGUGUGUCCUUGCCCCUCUCAUGCUAAAGAGAGCUCCACAGAUAGGAAAGUGUGCAGCGAGUCAGAACUCAAGGAGGUAGUGGGUCGUCUGGGAGACUGGUUCAGAGUCCUACAUGACAAUGGCAACCACAAAAGAGACAAGAUCCAAAAGAACAAGUUUGACGUCGGGGCAUCACCUGCAUGCAAAGACCCUCUGGGAUGGAUGUUCUCCCGCCUGGACACAAACUUUGACCUCCAGCUGGACCAAUCAGAGAUCAAGAGCCUCUACUUGGACAGGAACGAGCCUUGCUCUGACGCAUUCUUCAAGUCGUGUGAUACACACAAAGACAAAGUGAUUAGCAACUCGGAAUGGUGCAGCUGUUUCCAGUGGUACACAGACUCCCCCUGUAAAGCUGAGCUGUCCUCCAUCAAUAAGAAGCAAGUGGGAAAGAAGCUGCUUGGCCAGUAUCUGCCGUCCUGCGAUGAAGACGGCUACUAUCGCUCGCACCAGUGUCACAGCAGCAGCGGCCAAUGCUGGUGUGUGGAUCGCUAUGGCAACGAGCUGGCUGGCUCGCGUACCCAUGGCCCUGCGGACUGCGGCGUGGUUGUCGAGUCUUCAGGAGAUCUCGGCAGUGGGGAUUCAAUGAUCACAGAGGAUGAUGAAGAUUCGUUCGUGCUCAGUGACCAAGCUGGAAUGGAUGAUGAGGAUGAUGAGGAUGACGACGACGAUGAAUAUCUGUCGUAAUUAGUUUUCUUUUUUUUAAAGAAACUGUUUGUUUGGUAAAACCGCACCUUUCUAGGUGACUCCCCAGGCAGAUACUUCAUCAUACUAACAGCCUACGGACUAAUCUCUGUGUAUUCUUUCCAAAAUAUACAUAUGUUGCAAGCAAAUGAUUUUUUCUUUCAGUUUCUCGUCCUGAUUAUAAAGUAAUGACAUUUGCUCCCUUGGCCAAACAAUGAAAACCAAUGCAUUGCUUUGGAUGCGGUCACAUGUGCAAAGACCCCCCCCUUCAUUGGACACUCAUGUCCUCCAGUGUGUCCUGACCUUGUGCACCACUCUGUGUGUUGAUGCCUGAGGCGUGCUAUUUAAGAGAUCCCACCCCCACCCUCCUCCCCCUUCUUUACCCUCAUCUAAUGUUCCAGUGAAUAGGUGGGAUGUUCAUGAUGUAGAUAAGAUAAUAUUGCACUCUUUAGGCUUUCUUUUCAUCUCCAUUUGAAACCGAAAAACAAGAUAAGGCAUCGGACAUGCUUUGUUUGGAGAUGAAACACACACAAAAAAAAAAUCUGAAAAGGCUACGCCACAAGGAAAGGCCGAUUUAGUGCUUAGGAGGGAGUGAAAAUUCCCUACUGUAUUUUUCUAAUCCAUUGUUGUAUGAUUACAAAGGAUUUGUUGUUGUAGCAUGUCAAAAUGCUGCGUGAGGUAUAUAAAACAACGUGUGUACAGAUGAAACACAGCUAGCAAAACAUCAAAUUAACAACAAAAAAAGAUGUUUACUGGGCUAAAGAAAACAAACAUGCUGUACAUUUGAUGUUUUUUGCUUUUGUUUGGAGUCUUGUAAGAGUGGAGUACAAAUAGAUGAGGUGUUGCACAGAAGCCAUGCAGGCUGAUCAGGAAGGUGAUGGUGUGCCUUUUUCUAGUGAGGACGCAUGAUGAUGAUGAUGAUGAUGAUGAUGAUGAUGAUGAUGAUGAUGAUGAUAUUGGAGUGAAACUGACCUAGAGACAGUUUUAAAUUUUAAAAAAUCUAUAUAUCAUUUUGGCCGCUCCUUUACACAAUGGUGUUUUUGUGAGUGAAAAUGAUGAUUUUAUUAUUAGUGGUGUAAAUCAAUACAUUUGAAUAUCAUGCAAAAGUAUGUUUAUUUCAGGGGUGGAGUCAAAUUAAGACCAGUGAAAAGCUAGAGAAGUUUGCUGAUUAUGGAUAUAUUAUGGAACUUUUUGCAAUAGAGUCAAACUUUGCCUUUUGUGCACCACAGUUUUCAUCAAACAUUUUGUUUUGUUUGUUUACUAAUUGCAUGUUACAAAUUAGUCCAUUUUCCCUGUUUGUACUUUCUGAUUUUGUGAAAUCGAGCACCCCAAAAAGAGCUGCACCUUUAUAAUUUACCGUAACAAGGUGCGACACAUUUCUCCUGUAAUGCAAAUACAUAGUAGAAUAUUCCAAAUACAGGGUAUAGUGUGCAAAUGUCCAAAAUAAAAACCUUGUUUACUUACUAUGGUCGCAUAAACGAGCUCUUAGGCAGAUCUGAUCUGAAGAAUGACUGUUGAGCUAUUUUGCUAUUUUGUUAGUGCUCUCCUACAGCAGAGCUUUCCUUCCUUUCUUUCUUGUAGGAUCACGUCUUAAGGCACACAAGCUAUUUAGCUGCUUAGAUUGAAAAUAUUUUUGACUAGUAGCCUACAGCGAGUAAGAGGAAAGGACAAAAAAAAACUGCUUUUUAUGGAAAUAAGACAACGUUUUAAUGUUAUUUAAGAGUUUAAUUCCCGUGCUUGACUAAUCAGCUAGUCCAGAAACUAAUUUAUUUUGCCUUUCAUAUAAGUGAAGUUAGACGAUUUGGGAAAAAAUAUAUGUUUUUCUUUAUUUUGCUCGAGGUGGUGCAUUUCCCUCAAGUUUUCUGGGUUCUCACACAAAUACCCUGAGCUAUAGUGUGUAAACCAUUCCCAGAUUUAUCUGUUAAUGGUCUUAUGCAGAUCUGGGGUCAUUUCAGUACUCGGAUGUUCAUUUUCAAAGUGGUAGCAUGGAGGGAAGGGAAGGGCGCCGGUCACCCCAGGGUGCAAAAUAUCCAAAGUAGUGUUCAUAACUGGACUUGUUUUCCUUCUCUUCCGAACAACUCAACUAUAGUGGCCCCAAAGGGUAAAAAUAAAAGACUGAGAGUGGUGCAAAUACAGUAAUCCCUCAUUUAUUGCGGUUAAUCGGUUCCGGUCCCAACCAUGAUGAGUAGAUUCCCACACAGAAAAGCUGCAAGUAACAAUUUUUUUUUAUAGCCAAUUAAUAUGAAGCUUCAAGCUAUCAUCUAAACACAGUUAGUGUUUGGGUCUAAAACAGAUCAGAAAAGAGGCUGACAUUUUGAUUAUCUUGUUGAUUAUCUUGUUUUGCCUAGAUAAUAGGUCUUUGAUUAAAAUAUUCACAUUUGAGAGGCAGAAAUCGAGAUAUUCACAUUUGUAAUUAAAAAAAAUUAUGAAUUGAAUACCAAAAAAGAAAUUGGAUAAUCAAUAAAUCAUUGCUGUACUGCAAAGUAGGAUUCCUUAUUCCUUACAACCUUCUAAAUAUGGAAUGUAGUAUUAUUAGAGCUCUCUAAAAAUGAAAUAACACCCCUAUAGUUAACUUAUAUUACUAAUAUUACUUAUAUUAACUUAUACACUUAUAUUACUCAACAUAGUAGAUUUAAUCAGAGAAAAUAAGAUAAUAUAGACUCACACUUUGGCAUUGGGAGAGUUCCUUGUUCUGGACAAUACUUCCUAUAAUGGCUGUUGUCCCAUCGUUGCUGACACCUAGUGACCAAUAUAGAAGAUUGCAUAUCAGAAUAUGCUUUGAAUGUGUCUUCUUCAAAAUUCUUAAUUUAGCUUUAAAUUUGCUUAAAUAUACAUUUUUUUUUUUUUACUAAUCGGCUGUAUUGAGCCACAAGACAAAGGUGAUUUAUUCAUAUAUUGUGGGAAAACCGUGAUAGAGUGAAGCCACGGAAUUUGAAGAGGCAAGGGAUUAUUGUAUUUGACUGAUCCGUUCAGUGGUGACCCACACACGGCGUCACUGUUCUUUGUUCAUGUUAUUGCAUACUUUGCAUGAAUAGCCGCAAAGAGAUUUUUUGUGAGUAUGUGAGUAAUUUGGAUCACGUUCAAAUUAUUUUUGUGUGUGUUAGAUUUCAACAUGGGUAAAAAGUGGCAUCUCAUUCAAUUUACAUGAAUUUCGGGCCAUGCAGCCUAAAGUCGUGAUCUCAACUGGUGUGCCGUGACACACUUAACCGUUUUCAGUGGGUGCCUGGGCAAAAGUAAUAAUAGUGUAAUGACCCCAUGCUCGUGAACGCACCUCGCUUUCUUGUCUGUGCUAUUUACGUCAGCAGACGCAUAACCAUUUCAAACAAUAUUUGAGAAGAUAAAGUUGAAGUUUCUCCACAAUUUGUCAUUGAAGGGAAAUGGUGUGUCCCGUUGCCAAACCAGUUGAGAACCACUGAACUCAAGCAUGGCUCUGACACUUAUUGAUUUUGCUUUCUCGUCAAUCCCUUUUUUUUCCAAUACUUCCAAUAAAGAAUAAGCGAGCAAUCCAAAAUGCAAACUGAGACACUGUAGCCAUUUUCAACAUUUUCAUUUUGUUUUUUUACAGUGUGCAUAAGAAUUGCUGAAAUAAAAGCUAUAUUGACCACUG